GCGGCUCGGAGCCAGCUGAGAUCAUAGAACUGCUCGACAGUGACGAUGAACGACCUCAAAUCAACAUUGUAUCGGGCAGUGUUGUUUCUGUCACUGUGGCAGAAAGCUCAAGAAGUGGACAACCACGCGCUUCUUCAGUCCGUGGCACACGCCGGAGGCAGCGCGAAGCCUCUCCGCCGACAGCGCAAUACCCGCACGCCGUGCAGAUUCAAUCGCCCCCUGGAAUAUCAUGGAACCCCCAGAUUAUCACCGCCAAGCGGAUGGCACCGCCCCGGGCAUCCUUCAACGCCUGGCCGGCUUCAACCCUCUGCGCUGGGCCGUGGAUUUGGAUUCGGGCCACCGCCCGCGGCAGCGCAGCCGCUGCCGACGUUCGCGCGCGCACACGACGACACGCUCUUGCUAGAACGGCUUCUUCCUCGCGGCCUCUGGCCGGAUCACGGGAUCCAGCGCUUACCCAUCGUGCCGCGCGCGGAGGAAGUAAAGUACAAAACCGAGUGGACGCAUCCCGCGCGUCUCGAGGACGGGUUCGUCGGCGACUUUGCGCCGGUGGAAACCAUCGAUAUAGUUGACGAGGGUGAAGCGAACGAAACGAGUACGGCACUGGCAUGUGCGCGAUGCUCCGAUCCGCUUCUUCUGGGGUCAAAUGAUAACAGCCUUACCCCCGACGAGGUCCGCAGGCGACGCGUGUGGGGACUUCGAUGCGGGCAUGUAAUCGACGGCAAGUGCCUUGAAGAAUUGUAUAAGCCGCUGGAAGAAGAGGAAGCACCCGCUCCCCCCAGCAAACGCAAGGGAAAGGGCAAAGCACGGGCUCGGGAUCGCAUGGAGGAGGAAGUCGAUCCGACGGAUGUAGAGGAUGACGCUUCCGGUCUCCUCCCUGCUCCUAUUUCCACACGACUGCGCUCUCGUGCGAUGCUCGGUGUCGCAGAG